AUGCUGCGCUGGGCUGCCAGCGACCCCGACCUCUCUGAGGUCUCUAUCCUUACUGCGGACUAUAUCGAGCUCCGCGCCAUCGCUCGUGGCUCUGGUAGUGCGGGUUCGGCCCGAAAGCGCUCCGCCCUCGCCAUGGCCGACCGCCCUGAGCCUGAGACUCCCACCAAGUCGAGGAAGACCGCCCCUGCUCCGCCCCGGCCUUAG